UGGUUACGCUCUUAUUACAUGAUGACCGACCGAGUCGAGGAGAUCAACCAAGCUAUCAUAGCUGCUUUGCAUCGCUGCGAAGAAAACAAAGCCGUGGAUCUACAAUCUGUACUUUACGCCAACCAAAAACACAUUUUGCAAGAAGUUUCCGAGCAAGAUAGAAGCUUUGACUAUAAGAAUGUGUGGUUGAAAAGGAUCCGAAGCCAAGCAGAAAAGCUAAAAAUAUCGAUUAGCGAAAAACAGCCAUCGUGGAAGUUUGUAGAGGAACAUACUCAAGGAAAAUCUGACAGUAAUGAAGUAGCAGCAAUAGCACCAACGUCCACAUCAACAUCCACGCCUUCUUCUGUCCCCUCAUCCUCCACCAAUCCGCCCACCCUAAAAUCCAAGCUGUCCAAAGCCGACAAAGACAGUGCCCUCAAACUGUAUGAGCAACUCGAUCCGGCCAAGUGUUGGAUACUUGAAGCGACCAAGCGACGGGCAUCGGCAGAAGAUGUUGAGCCGUGGAGCGUCGAAAGUCAAAUGAAAAAAUUCGUUGAAACGCUCAACUACAUCCAUCCUGCGCUAUCAUUCAUUCUGGAUGUUGACGACCUUAACUGGGCAGGUUAUUUCAACACCGAGGAACUAGAGGAGCUGCGCGAUUUCGGGGAUCCCAUCAUCCGGGAACCUCCAUCCGAUCUCAAAGCAAAGUUCGCCGAGAUGGAAAGUUUGAAAUCCGCGUUGGAAGCAUAUAAAUUUGCCCAAGGUAUAGAGCACCAUCCGAUCGAGCAACCGCUCCUCGCCUGGCUCUUCCAGACCUUGAUAACGACCGCCAAAUUCUUCAUACCGGGCGCGAAAACAAAUACCAAAGGCUUUCUCGAGACCGAUCGGCUCUACUACUUGUGGAGUUUGGUAAACACCAUUUACCAUAAUUCAGGGAUCGAAGCAUUGGGUAUGGAGAAAACCAGCAUCUCCAAUGCAGCAGCUUUAAAUUGCAAGCGCAAGCUUUCUGCUGUCGAAGAAAUUGAGCGCGAGAGGAUCGGAAGAAGGCUCGAUACUAUUUACACUGCUAGCGAUCUUGAGUUUGGUGGGCUCGAAGCGGGUGCGAAUCGCGAUUAUACAAAAGAGUUUCACGACUCAAAGUUGAAGUUGCCAAUGGUCUUGAGAGACAUGUUAUGCGCAAUUGUCAAACAUAGAUCUUCGAUCUUACGCAAAGCACAUGUCCUUGGCUACAAUGUGAAUGGUAACGGCAUUACGAUGAUGGAUGUGGAUAUGCCAAAAGGAUAUGUAACAAGAGUGAGAAGAACGAACGAGCUCCUGUAUCCCACAAGCAGUGACGACUACACCGGGCGCAUGCUGUCUUUGCUAGAGCUUGCUGCCAUCGGUAAAGCAAUUGUUGAUGAUACCCUGGAUCUGUGCACGAAUGCGCGAGUAGGCCUUUCAGUUUCUGGGGCCGGUUCGACCCUUGUCCCUCCGUCAUUCGUCACUACUGCCGCUCAAAAUUCGCCAUCUACAUCAUCUUCCAAAAAUUCGUCAAAAAACAAAAAAAAUCGCACUGAUUGAUUAGCCCUUCUGCUCUCACACAUAUCUCCUAUCAUUUCUGUCAUCAUGUAUCAUUUAUACCUAACUCUUCACUUUCCAUAUGCUGUCACAUCUGUUUUACUUCUCCGUCUCUUUUACACACAUACUCCUGUCUCUUUCACGCACAUACUUCUGUCUCUUUCACGCACAUACUUCUGUCUCUGUCACGCACAUACUUCUGUCUCUUUCACAUGCAUAUUCUUUUCUCUUUUACAUACUCCUGUCACAUUUACAUAUAUCCUUUUGUUUUAAUCCCAUACACCAAUCCAUCCUUCCAAUACACCAUUAGUUUCUACUUACAUUUUGUACAUACUGUAACAUGCAACUCUCAGUCAAUAUCGAUAUGUUUAUCAAUGUCCGUUAAGGACACAGCUCUACUGAAUUGCGUUGUUCUGUGUGAUCUUACCGUAUGCACACAAAUUUCCGUGC